AUGGCGAAUGACGAGAAGAGAUACUUGCGUGUCAGUAGCGGCGUUCUUUCGCAUCUCAAUGACCAGCGAAAGAACAAGGUGUUAUGUGACAUGACCAUUGUUGUCGAUGGACAUGAUUUCAAUGCACACAAGUGUGUGCUAGCUGCAUCCAGUCCGUACUUCGAGUCACUUUUUCGCAGUAAUAUGAAGGAGUCUCAGACGGGUAAGGUCGAACUACAGUGCACCUCAGCUGAAGGCAUGGAGGCCAUAUUAAGCUACAUGUACACAGUCGACGUUACACUUACCAUGGAUAUCAUAGAUGUUGUAGUUAGCGGCGCAGAUCAUUUAUUAUUGACAGAACUGAAGAAGGUGUGCGAGGUCUACAUUAUAGAUCACUUAACUACUAGCAACUGUUUGUGGGCUCUAAACUUGGCAGACCUCUAUAAUCUUAGUCAAUGGGUGCACGAGAAAGCAAGCCGUGUAUUAAUGAGACAAUUUUCUAAGGUAUUGCAAGACGAACAAAAUGAAGCUCUCUUGAUGGAACUUUCAGCACACAGGAUCUAUAAUAUAUUAUCAGAUGGUAGACUGACCGACAGAAAAGAGGAAGAUUUGUUUGAAUUUCUUGUAAAAUGGGUUCGCCAUUCACAAAAAGAAAGAAAAGCCACUCUCUCUAAGCUGAUGAGUAAGUUGCAUCUUGAGACUGUCAACAAACAAUAUUUAGUCAGUCGCAUAAAGAAAGAACCUCUGGUUCGGUGCAAUCGUGAUUGUCGAAUGUACGUCAGGCAAGCCAUGAAAUAUAAUGUAUUGUCAGACAGAACCAUUUGUAGUGUACCAUUAAAGGCUCAUCCAGGCAGAUUGGUUGAUGUAGUAGUCGUUGCUUGUAGCUACUGCAUAUUUGGUUAUGUACUUGACGAAAACCGAUGGAUACACUUAAGGGAUUGGGAUGAAAAGUGGCCAUUGAGUUAUAAGGCUGUAAAAAGAGGGAAUCAGUUACUUUUUCUAACAAAGAGAACCAAACCUCUCAUUGGGACAGACUAUCUGUAUGAUCCCUUGACUGACACAUGGUUGAAGUAUUCUGGAACCCAACACGAGUAUAAUUCGUCAUGGCUACAGAAGUCACCAUUACAAAUGGAGGGAGUACAAUUACAGCACAUGGUUGUCACAGCAAAUGGGCAAAUCUAUGCCAUAUAUUUUGAUGAUGAGAACUUUAUUGUCUGGAAUGUCAUCAAAGAAGACAAUGCCUGGUUAUUUGUAGUUGCCGAUGAUGGUCAUGUGUCGACAAAACAAUUUGUGAACACCUGUGGCAAUCCUUGUAUUACAAUAGAAACACCAGAUGGGAUUGAAGUAGAAAUACCAGGUAAUCGCAAAGUUGUCAUCUCCAACGAGCCAAACCAAGGUGUGUUCACUAGAGACUCUUCAUUGCCACAGAUUCCAAUUGCCAGAAGUAAUGCUGGUAUAUGUAACAUAAACGGUGAUAUAUUUGUAUGUGGUGGUAUUUGUCACACAAAAAGUGAAUCUGGUUUGAUAUUCCACGAGUUUGUCUCGUCAGUGUGCAUUUUUGACUCUGCUAAACAGAUUUGGAGAGACUUAACCAGAAUGCCUGUCAACACCUGGGUUUUAGGGUGUGGCUUGUUUCAGCUGCCUUAUGAAUAUACACAGUGA